AUGUCUGGUCGCGGUAAGGGGGGUAAAGGCUUGGGGAAGGGAGGUGCCAAGCGCCAUCGUAAAGUGCUUCGGGAUAACAUCCAAGGUAUUACUAAGCCAGCUAUUCGUCGCUUGGCUCGUCGCGGGGGGGUGAAGCGUAUUUCGGGGUUGAUUUACGAAGAGACCCGGGGAGUGCUGAAGGUGUUCUUGGAGAACGUGAUCCGUGAUGCUGUCACUUACACUGAACAUGCCAAGCGAAAGACCGUAACGGCCAUGGAUGUGGUUUAUGCUCUGAAACGCCAGGGUCGUACUCUCUAUGGUUUUGGCGGCUAAACGGGUCACUAAAGUCAACAGGGCAACACAAAGGCUCUUUUAAGAGCCACCCACUUUUUCACAAUAAGAGCUAUGAUUCUUGUGUUCUUAUGCUGUGAUGUGAAAACUUAAUACGAAAAACUAUUAAAUUUACAUGAAAUACGUGAGUAUUUACGCUAAAUAUGUUUGUAUGUAAACGACAAUUAGUGCUUUGGUUAAAGUAUAGCGUAUGUGUUUUUCAGUAGUAAAAUUAGUGGUGGCUUCCUUGAAUGAUAGUAUUUGUUAGAGGAAAAUUAAGAAAUGAUAAACUCUUACUGGAAACGAGUGGCUGCCUUUGGGUUGUAGGUAUUAAUUUCUGCAUUAAGAGCAUUUACUUGGAGCUAGUAUACUUGGUGACCGCUUUUGUACUUUUAGAUACAGCAUCAGAGCGGUAGCUGUUGUUAGGCUGUAUCAGCAAAGACAACGAGGAGUCCUUGUGGCACCAUAGAAACUGAGACAUUUAUUAGGCAUAAUAAGCUUAUGCACAAAUAGAUUUGUUAGUCUCUAAGGUGCAACAAGGACUCCUCGUUGCUUUUGUAGAUGCCAGGGGAGAGUGACAAAUAUGUUGCGCUGUGUCUCUGGCAAUGCGCUCAAAAAUGUCAUUUACAAAAAGAGUUCAUGAUUCACAUGGCCUUGGAGAAGAUAUCAGUGUCAGGGUGAACUUGCUUCAGCACUUCGUAAUCAUAGUUGGAGAAACUUUCCUUCCUGGUCUUUCUACUUUUUUUUUGGUCGCCUUUUUUCUGGGUCUUGGUUACAGCUUUCUUAAACCAUUUCUUGGGAGUAGGAGCAGAUUUUGACAGUUCUGGUAUCUCUUAAGACUUUUAUGAUCUCCCUGUUGCUCAGUUACAAAGUGAGGAUAAUAGCUGCUGUUCUCUAGGAGGACGUUAUGAAAAAAAAAACCCCAACAA